UUUAGUUACCACACUUUUGACACGUGGUACACAUUUUUGUUUAUAUAUAUUUUUUUUUUACUUUAAUGAUAAAUUUAUUUAAUUGAAGAAACAAAAAAACUAAAAUGGUCAUUUGCUGUCGCGCUCCUUAUUGUAAACAUCGCGAACGUCGAAGUGAAUGUAAUUUAUACAGAUUUCCUAUUGAUCCUGACAGGUGCAAAGAAUGGAUCAAAAGAUUCGGAAUAAAAGAUUUUAUAAAACUUACACCGGAGCAAUUGAACGAGACAAAGUUUAUUUGCAGCUGUCACUUUGUCGAUAGAGACUUUAUUUUAGUAGACAACAAAAAGCAUCUGAACCCUGAUGCUGAUCCUUCAAUACUCGACCUGCGUACAGUUCCUCUGCGUGAUGAAAUAAUAAAUAAUUUCCCGCCUUCCAAACCUGUCGCUUUAGACCCUGGCGACCCUGAUUCUGAGGAUUUUCCUCGUAAGAGACGAAAAGUUGUGGCAGUAGAUCCAAGGAUUGUGACCAAACCCACUAGUAUUCCUCCAGAGCCACCGUCGACGGGUCCUCUGGACAAUAUAACUCUCGUCAGGAGUUUGAUCACUUCCGGAGAAUACAUGACUCCUUGGGAAAAAUUUCUGUGUGAUUUCUAGUCAAGUUUUUAUCACAAUAAAUUUUUUUUUUAAUUUAAAGUAAUUAGUAAAUUUUUUAAAAAAUUAUAUUCGAUAAAUAAUUAAGUAAUUUAUAUAAUUAAUAAAUUUUAAUUAAUUUA